CUCUUUGUCGCUUGCCCUCCCCGACUCUGUGUAAGUUGGUGAUCUGGUCGCUCUUCCCUCUUCAGGUGUCGCGCAGCGUGAGAAAUUUCGUUUACCUCUGCUUCUUCGUGCCACCAUCAGACAUGGUCAGAAAGAGAGAUCAAUUUUGGGAAUAUGUACAGCGUCUGGAUGGCAAAUUUAAGUGCAAGUUUUGCGAUAGAAAAUUUGCUGGUGGUGUUCCAAGAGUUAAAUCGCAUUUAUCUGGCAUUAAAGGCUCUGGUAUAGAUAUAUGCACCAAGGUUCCUGAAGAUGUUCGAGUUGCCGCUACUGAAGCAAUUUUUGGUCCCAACAAAAGAGCCAAGGCUGAAGCCUCUCCAGUUAAGAUUGAAGGGACUUCGCUAAAAACGCAUACCAAUAAGGAUGAGGUUUUGCUGGAUAAAUUGCUUGUUAAGUUCAUCCUGUUGAAUGAUAUCGAUGUUGACAUUGUGCGAAGGCCAUCCUUCAUUGACUUUGUAAAUGCUAUGAUUGACCAUGGUUCCCAUUAUAAGUUGCCAUGUUGUUCACUAGUCAAAACAAAGUUAGUGCCUGAUUUGGAAAACGUAAUUGGAGAGCAUGUGGCAAAUGUGAAGAAAUCAUGGGUUAAAACUGGCUGCACACUCAUCUAUGAUAGUUGGAGUGAUAAGGAGAGAUCCUUCAUUUAUAUCUUCGCUUAUUCUAUUGAAGGGGCGAUCCUAUUGAAUGCGUUGGAAAUAAAAAAUGAUGAAUCAACAAAUGCGAGGUUUCUCUACCCUCUGGUUGAAAAGGAUAGAAUCCUAAAAUCUUCACCCUGGUCUUACUCUAGUAAUCUGCUUGUGCUGAAACAAUGCGAUCCUGAAAUUCCAGAACAUUGUUAUGACUUCUCUAAAGCAUCAUUCUGGGUCAGAAUUGGAGAAUCCCCAUGGGCAGUUGACAAAAUAGGGUCCUAUGGACCAUGGUUGAAAGCAGAAGUCAGUGAUCAUAGUCCUUAUUGGGAGACUUUUUAUGGAAAAAUUGAAGAAGACAUUAUUGUAGAGGAAACCAUACCUGUAGAACACUCACCAAGCAGUGAGAAGGCUCUAAUUAUAAGGGAGAAAGGUCCAGAAAUGUGUCUUGAAGCCUGCAGCAAAAAAAGAGCUGAAAGUUCCGUGGAGCCGGAGAGAAUGGAACUCCCUGUUACAAAUCAGAAAGUCAAUAAAGAUUAUGGAAAACAGAUUAUCAGCUCAGACAAUCUCACACAGACUCCUCUUAAAAUAGGAAAGAGCAGCAAGAAGAACAUGAAAGUGCAGAAAGCUAAGAAGUAG